UGUCAGGAAGGGAUCUCGAUAUGUAAAUCUAGCUGAAUCUAGACCUAGAUCAACACAUAUGUAAAAUAGUUUCACUAUUACACAGAAAUCAGCAAAGAUAAAAGACAACAUAUAGCUCUAAUAGUUAUGGGUAAAAAUGUGGUUAAGAAACAAGUUCAGAGUCUAGAUCUAAAUUAUUUCUAGACCCUGGCCUAGAUAGAGAUCUAUCUCGCCAAGAUAUAGACAACAUGAACAUCUUAUCUAAUCAUCUAGAGUGACUAGAGUAGACUAUUCUAGACUGACUAGAGAGAUCUAGUGUGAUACAUUACUUGGAACCUUUCUUAAUGAGACUUUGGAACCACUGUGACUACAGUAUUGUCUAAAGUGCAUUCUGUGUGCUUGGGAAAUCACAAUCACGUAAACAGCAUUUAGCUUUCAUUCUGUUUGAACUGGUUUUAUUUAGUGUUGAGUGUCUUAUGUUGAAACAUUGGCAGAUCUCAAGGAAACUAUGACAACCAACCAACAUGUCUCCUCGGCUUUCGAGGUCAAGAUGAACGAGCUCGACCUCCUGAAAUCACAAUUCUCCAAGCAUCUUCGAAGUUUAAAUGGUCUGAAGUUUCAGUACAUGGAUUGGUUCAAUAGACGCCAUAAACACUUUGGCGAGCUGCUGACUCUGGUUCACAUGAAGUUACCUUGCAUCAUGCCUUCCAGAUUCGACUGCAUUGCUCAUUUCCAAAAGUGCCACGACUGCUUGAGUAAAGUCUCCAAGACAAGACUGCCCACAGACAAGUGCCUCGCUGCCAUGAACGAGCUACUUCAGUUCUGGCGACGGCUGAAGACGCUGCUCUGCCAAAGCGAGUCGCUUUACAAAAGACUGUGUGAAUUCUGCGCCAGCGUUUCUAGAUUGAGAGACCACAGAGUCAAACGGCUUGUGGACGAACUCCAAGAGAGGCUGAAAACAGAAGCUAACGACUGCUUUGACUUUGGUCUAAUUCACGAAACCAGAGACAAUGUCUACACCUACAAAGUGGCUCUACCCUACCAGUGUUUCCACGGAUUGCUUUCUCUGACACCUCACCUACUCAAGACGGCCAUUGACGUUUGUUAUCUAAGUUCUAAAAUUCAUUUAGAAAAAGCGUAGACCCGAAUCCAAUCCGAUGUUAAACACAUGUUCAAUAUAUGUGAGAUUUGGGGCUUUCAUUAUCAAGGCUCAAUGUGUAUGCAUAUAUUCAGAUAUGAAAACGACGGACAUAUGGCACUUUCAAAGAAACUAUUUGCACAUGAACUUUUUGGACACAAUGUUACAUAUAAUUAAACUAACAUGGACCAGCUGCUUCCUCUACAUUCUUUUCCAAAGUAAGUCACACUUCAAUUAUAGUCUGUGAAAAGUUUCAAUUUUAUUCUCACCGAAACGUUUUAUUUAUGCUCAAGAUAAUAAACUGUGGCAAAGAACAAAGCAGCAGCCCAUUAAAGUAGAUAUCAUUCAGUGACGCUGGAGAUGGACAGGUCACAACCUUUGCAAGCCGGCAUCCAACAUAACAAGGCAAGCCCUAACCUGGAACCCCCAAGGAAAGAGGAAGAGGGGACGGCCCAGGACUACAUGGCGCCGCGAUAUGGAAGCAGAUACCAAGCAGAUGGGCAAGAAGUGGGGACAGUUGUAGAGACUAGCUUUGAACCGAGACGUUUGGAGUUAGACGGGACCACAGGCAGAGAUGAGAUGACAUGAAGAUGAACUGUAGCUUUCUAAACUUUCUUUCAGUAUUAGGAAUAUUAACCACUUAUAAAGCGAGAAAUGUUUGGUUGUAAAUAAAUCAAGCAAGAAAUAGGCAGUACCACUGUUUCACAGUUAACAAACUUCCAAGAAACAAAAUAUAAUCCAAUUAAAUCUGUUUUUGUUUUCAACAAAGAUAACUUUCAGAAUGUAUUAAAACAUACACCGAAUAUUAAAAAAGUAAUUUUUUUUUAUAAUUGUUAUCGAUAUGAGACAUUGAUAACGGGUCAAAGGUUAUAUGUUCUCAUGUUUUCGAUUCUGGUUAUUAAGUAAAUAUUUAUUUUUUGUACAAAUCUAUUUUUGUUUGAGUUUCAUACAUCGAUUUGUACAAACAAUUGUUUCAUUGAUCGAGACUCAAAUCACUCAGUAUAUUUAAAAAAAAAAAUGCCAAUGAAACCUCAACACCUUCAGUAAAAAUAGUUUUAUACCACAAAUGAAGUUAGUUAAGAAAGUUCUUCCGAGACUGAAUUCAUUCAAAAAUACAAUCUCUUCUCUUCACAUGUUUGUCUUAUCAAGGAUGGUCAAACGUUUUCAAUCGAACGAGAACUGACCAUACUUUGAGGUUCGAGUUUCUCGGCCUUGUUCCACAGAAGCUAAAAGAUGUUUUCUGGUAUGGAGAUCUAGAGUGGUCCCCCUUUCACAAGACCCUUGCUGCCAUCUGCUCUCCUCUAUUUCAGUUUUUAAAAAAAGCUGGCGCUUGAG